AUGGUGAACCUCACAUACGACGCCUCCGGCGAGAUUGUCUACUAUGACAAUGUAACAGGCGAGACCACCGUCUACAACAUGGGCGACAUGGCCUUCAUCAUGGUGUGCAUGGCCCUCGUCUGGAUCAUGAUUCCCGGAGUCGGCUUCUUCUACUCUGGCCUGUUGAGGAGGAAGAACGCCCUGUCGAUGAUUUUCACCUCUUUGGCGUCGAUCGCCGUUGUCGGUUUCCAAGUACGUGCUACUAUCAUCCCAUUGGGAACUUUGUGGGUUUGGGACGAUGCUAACUCGUUCGCUCAGUGGUUCUUCUGGGGAUUCUCGCUUUCGUUCGCCGAUGAUGCUAGUCCGUUUAUUGGUACUCUCAAACAUUUCGGUCUCAAGGGUGUGCUUGAUGCCCCUUCAAUCGGAAGCGCUCGUAUCCCCAGUCUACUGUUCAUGCUCUACCAAGGAGCCUUCGCCGCCAUUACUGCUGCACUCGCUGUCGGCGCCAUCGCCGAGCGCGGUCGUCUCGGUCCCAUCCUCGUCUUCAUCUUCAUCUGGACAACCAUCGUCUACGACCCGAUCGCCUGCUGGACCUGGAACGGAAACGGCUGGUCGUUCGUCCUCGGCGGCCUCGAUUUUGCGGGUGGAACACCCGUCCACAUCAACUCUGGCACCGCCGCCCUCGCCAUCUCCGUCUACCUGGGCAAACGACGCGGCUACGGCACCGAGCGCCUCGCCUACAAGCCCCACAACACCACCUACGUCGUCCUCGGGACUGUGUUCCUCUGGUUCGGCUGGUUCGGAUUCAACGGUGGUUCGGCGUUGUCUGCGAACCUGCGUGCUGUCCAGGCUUGCAUUGUCACGAACAUUGCUGCCGCUGUCGGUGGUAUCACUUGGAUGCUCUGGGAUUACCGCAUUGAGAAGAAGUGGAGCGCUGUCGGGUUCUGCUCUGGUGCCAUUUCUGGUCUUGUUGCGAUUACACCUGCUUCUGGAUAUGUUGGAUCUCCCGCUGCCGUCCUCUUUGGUGUCAUGGGAGGAACGAUUUGCAACUUUGCCACUCAGCUCAAGUUCCUCCUCGGCUACGAUGAUGCUCUCGAUAUCUUCGCCACCCACGGUGUUGGUGGAAUCGUUGGCAACCUCCUCACUGGCAUCUUCGCUCAAGCUAGCGUUGCUGGCUUCGACGGUGCUACCGAGAUUCCUGGUGGCUGGCUCGACAAGAACUGGGUCCAAUUGGGCUACCAGAUCGCCGACUCCGUCGCUGGAUUUGGAUACUCCUUCGUCGUCACUACCCUCAUCCUCUGGGCCAUGCACUACAUCCCCGGCCUCCGUCUCCGCUGCUCCGAGGAAACCGAAAUACUCGGUAUCGACGACGCCGAGAUGGGCGAAUUCGCAUACGACUACGUCGGUCUCGAGCAAGAGCUCGGCCAGACCCUCAACACCACUCUGCGAACAUCGAGUCGCUCAAGCAACGAGAAGGUUGUCCCCGUUGCAGAGUCGCAAUAG